AAACAUACCUACGCUUUGAUGGCGUGAUCGAUACGGCUUCUCUUGUCUACAUAUGGUAAAGGUCAUGGGGUUCAUGCCAGCUUUUAUACAUCUGUAGGACUUCUAUAGUGAUCGCCGGGCAUGCCAUUUUACCAGGAGUCCUCCCAGUAUAAUAAGCCAUCUCUUCCCGUUGUAGAUAUUCUUCUUCGAUAUAAGGUAUCCUAUAUCCUCCGCCCCCCAGUUCACCCCCCUUACACCGCACUAUACUCGUCUCGGUAUUGACACCGGGGUCCUUACGAUCGAUUCACGAUUCGAUCUGCGGCAUAACACAUUUUAAACUUCUUAUUUCCACCUGAACUACGUCCUCGUCUACCAGCAUCAACCAGAUUACCAUCAUUCUCUCCCAAUAUAGUUGCCAAUGGCCAUCCAAUCCAGCCAGCGGUUCGUUCCUCGCGGCGACGUCAUCGCAUCCCUUAACUUCUAUUGCCCUCCGCCUGACAACACCGUUCCAUUCAACAAUGCCGGUGACCCUAUCCCGGGCCAACCGCUCCGUAACUACUCAGACGUCUCUCACCCCGUCAAGAUCAAAGACAUCCGGGGCUCGGAAGAAUGUUUUAACAACCUCGACCGCGACAGCUUUGCCGUAAUCCGCAACGUGCCCCCUUCUGCCGAGAAGUCCUUCACGGACGACGCCUCUAUCGCGGCCAACUACUACCCCGAAGUCGAGUCUCUACUCCUCGCCAGCAUCCCGGGCGCCCACACCGUCACCAUAUUCGACCACACCAUCCGCCGCACGAACCCGGACGCCCCGCGGGCCCCCGUCCAGCGAGUCCACGUGGACCAGACCCCACGUUCCACCGCCCUCCGCGUCCGCCGCCACGCCUCCGACGAUGCCGCCGCCGAGAAGCUCUUGGCGGGCCGUUACCGCAUCGUCAAUGUCUGGCGGCCCCUCAACGAAGGACCCGUCGAAUCCUUCCCCUUGGCUUUCGCUUCCGCCUCGUCGCUGGAAGACGACGAUGUAGUCCCCAUAGAACACCGUUACGCCUCCGGCUACAAGGGUGAGACCGCCGGCAUCCGCUUCAACGAGCGCCAGAAGUGGUACUACCUCAGCGGCAUGACGGGAGACGAGAGGCUGCUUUUGCAGUGCUUUGACAGCGAGGCCCUCAAGGAAGGCAGUGCAGUUCAGGGGGGUCGUGUGCCGCAUAGUGCGUUCGACCACCCAGACACCAAGCCAGAUGCUGUGGGGAGGGAAAGUAUCGAGGUACGGGCAUUGGUGUUUGGACCCUGAGAAGCAUAGAAUGUAGUUGAUAUAGUUUCUGUAAGUAUCGGCGGCGGCCUGUCUCAUUUUUCGAUAUCUCUAAUUUAUUACUA